AUGCAACUUUUCUCCUUUAUUGAUUUCAGCCUGGUGAGUUAAUAUUGUUUGCUUGCUACAUCAGCAAUCAAGGAUAAUUCCUGUGCACUUUGAGAUGAAUCUGACUUGAUGGUGACUUUCAGCACAUAAUUUUUCCCCGCUGACUCAGGUCGACCGCGAGAUUCAUUUGUGAGUUCAAAGUUACCAGAACGAAAUUUCGCAGACCAAUUUGAUACUAUCUGUUGUGUAGUCAAAUUAGAACAAAAUGCAUCAUUAGUAUCCCGAGUUGUCUGUGACGCUGUAUUUCCAUGUAAAAAUUCGUAUUUCAUAAUUGAACAGAUUUCCAACUUCCCCCAUCUUUAAAAAAGAGCAACAAAAUAGAGACUUCAUAUUUUCAAAGAGCAAAGUCAUUAAGGAUGAAAAAUAUGUGUGGCACCUUUCUGACAAACACAAAAGAAUGUCAAAAUACACUAACAACGUGAAGCAAUAAGCUGAUAAAUUUGGUCGUAUGCCUCACCACAAAUUUCAUGUCUGCCGACCCAUAAAAGAAGAUGCUUCAUCAACAAAAACAAGGGAACUCGAGAUUUCCAUUUCUUGCUUAUUGUCAGUCAGGUUUUUUCAGGCCUGUUCGGCGGAAGUAUAGGGCUGGCUGUUUUGUUCGCAAAACAUGUAGAGUACUAGCUAUUAGAUGCAAUGGGAUCGCUUGCUAUCGCUCAGCCCAGAGCACCGAAUCGUACGAAAUGCUCAUUUUUCCGGAGAAGCACGACACCGCGACGUGACCCUGAAGCGUCAGCAAAGUGUUUCGAAUAUUCUAAGACGGUGCCUUCUAUCUCGACAACAAGUGACACUUUGGACGCCUCGAGAGUUGAAGCGAACUUUUGGGCGGGUUUGACGAUAAGUCGAAUUCAGAGCCUGCGAAAAGCAACGACUUGAAGACGGGGUCGCAUUGCUCGCGCGAAGUGAGAACUAAUCACAGAAGUGCGUCCCCGGACUGGCCGAGACAGUUCAGAAGGCAGCAUGAGGAUUUUCGCUAUGCUCAGUUGGGUGCGCUGCGCAUAAAUUGGGAAUGGGACGCUGCCCAGGAGAGGACAUUGACUGGAAAUCAAAUAUUUCGUCAGUUCGACCAUCGCGUAUGACGACGUCCAACCGUCCGCACCACAGUGUGGUGAACGCAGGACGGUGUCUGGCGCAUAGCAGACCUAAGAGUUUGACUGUCGGUUUCGGCGAUGUCCACCAUGUGCUCCACAACACGGUGUUAUAUAGGCAGAAUGUUAUUACCGACAAAGAAAAGGGAGACUGGAAUGGCAAAUUCUGGCUUAUUGGACGUCGUCAGCCAGUCAUACCCAACCGCGAAGUGUGGAACACCUGGCCCAGUGGUUAGAGGCGUGGACUUCUAACUAACAGGUCGCGAGUUCGAGUCCCAGGUGUUACACACCCUGGGGUUGGGUAUGGCUGACUGGCGACGGCUAAUAAGCUACUAAUGACCAUUCCAGUCCCCCUUGUUUUUGUCGGUAAAAACAUACGGCCUAUAGAGUAGGGGUUGAUCGGUCAACCAAUCUGCGCUGUCUUUCUGCAAGUUUUUGGGUAAUUUAGUCCAGCUGGUUGCGGUAUACUUCCGCCGUGACCGCUGGGUCGGAUUUCAUGAAAUCAUAAUGGGUUAAACCUGCGCCAUACCAUCAAACACCCACCAUCGACUUCUUUUAAUAAAUACUGCGCUGCGAACUGUGUUUCAGUGGCUUGUCCUUGUUGUUCUAAACGUUUACAACUAUCGUACUGGAUCCAUUUUUCAUCACACGUCACAAUUCGACUCAAACGCUAGAUACGUUUGUGAUGAGAAAGUAACAUCAUGCAGGUUUCCAACCGCUGUUUUUCUGCUCUUCAUGCAGUUCAUGUGGAGCCCAUAUAUUUAACCUUUUCACUUUGUCAGAUUCAGCCAGGGGGACUGAGAGUGUUUGCUUUUCAACACCAAAACGUCAGCGAUAAUUCCUGUCCCUUUUGAGACGAAGCUGACUCGACGAUGAUCUCCAGUUCGUCAUCAUUCAUCUUUGAUUCCGGCCGACGAUGUGGCUCAUUCGUGAGGUAAAAGUUACUAGAACGAAAUUUCGCGAACUAAUUUGAUACUGUCCUUUGUUUAGUUGAAUCUGAGCUGUCUGCAGUGCUGUAUUUCCAUGCAGGAAUUCCUAUUUGAUAAUUGCACACAGUUCUUAUUUUACCCUCAUUAAAAAAAUAAUAAAACAGAUUUUCGUUGGAUCUUACUUUGUAGCCGUACCUGCAGUAGACAAGCCCCGCCCGCCUGUCAUACAGGACCAGCGAUAAUGGGGGUUUAACUCUAACCCCUAACCCCAACCCUUAGCACCCAACCCUGACAUCGACAUUUAACCCCUAAGCCUAACCCCUGGCCCUUAUGCCUAAACCCUGAGCCCUCACAGGUACGGCUACGAAAUAAGAUCCUGCCCUUAAUUACUUCGAGUUGGUGUGAUUACGUCGGCAUGGUGUUGCUGUGCGUUGCGGUGUGCGUUUUCUUGGCGGCCUUGUUUCUCUGUUGCCGUGUCUACCUUUUUCGGCCCAAUGCCGGUGGUCCAUCUUGACUUUAAGCCUUUCGCCUCCUUCUAACUUUCGCUUUGGAUGCUUCAGGUUUAGGGUUCAGGGCUGCGAUUAAGGGUUAAGAUUAGGGUUAGUGUUAGGAUUAGGGGUAAGGGCUCUGGGUUAGGGGGUUAGGCCAACUAUUUUUAAACUACUCAAGGCACAGCCGUGCAUUCCCAAUAGCUUAUAUUUUGCAUACAAGUACAUGACCUCGUCGCCUGUGCGUUCCCCCCGGCCCCACUUGUAAAAACCCCUCUUACCACCUGUCCCGCAUUACAGGUGGCUGGGAUUUGUUUACCCCAGGUGCGGCCACAUAACCAAAUCUGACCUAAUUAAGUAUGUAAACAGUAUUGUGUCCGCCAGUUGCGCCACAUCUUACCAAAAACAAUGAGAAAUGUUGUCAACAGUUCCCCACCCUCUCACACACAUUGCAAAGGCGGUUUUGGGGGCACCGUUGACCCGAGACGAUUACACUCAAAUUCUCCCUCAUGCCUAGUCACAGGUGAAUCCCUCCCGUCUCCCGAAUUAAAGGACCCCGCCUAUGUGGGAGUAGGAUGGCGGCAAAUCGCCUGCUGAAGAAUACUAAAGCAAGCAAGACAUUGUCCUCUGUUCUAGUGCUAUGUAACCGAGUCGCGGGCGUUUGGCCUUCGCUCAUGGCUUCCACGUUGCGCCUCCUAAUAUGCUGACUUCAGUGCCCUUACUGCCACGUGCUUGAAUAGCGUGAGUAUAAUAACUACGCCGGUUUCACCAGCCGGCGGUCACGCCGGCGUGGCGACUGCGUGCGCCGCGUGGAGCCGCGUGCGCGCGACAAUGACGUCUGCCACGCAGCGCGGGCACGCGUUUUGGCAGCCACGAUCAGGCGGCGGCGGCGGCGGCGGCGGCGGCGGCGGCGGCGGCGGCGGCGGCGGCGCCGAAUAGGCCGCAGCCAACUGCACGCGUCGCAUGGAUCUGUCUGGCGCGCCGGGUCGUUCAGACGAAGUCAGGCGUACAUGUGGAGCUCAGAAUUCCAGUUCUAAACAGCAGUAACUGAGAUCAGCAGAGGAUAUUUCAGUGAAGGAGGCGGGGAAGGUCAAUGCUGAGGGCACCGACUGUAUGGCAAAGCAAUUGCUAAAAAAGAGAGUGGUUAAUACCCGCAGGAAUGCCACAUCUUCCAAAGUAACAUUUACUUGCUUGGUUGUCUAGCCGAGGAGCUAGAAGAUUCAUCGGACUGCUCGAAUGCUUUGUAUUGCUGCACUUAGCUCGAGGUGAAUACAGAGGUAUUUUAUAUGAUUAUAAGUCGUAUCGGGUCAAGAAACCCUCUCAUAUUGAAUAGUAUUAACUGAAUCCAAGUACUUGGAUACCCAAGAAUUCUGUGAUCGUCGCCGUUCAAGUAGGUAGAAAAGUCGGAAAAUUCUCUUUGGUUUGUUAGUCGCAUAAUUCCCGUGGGUAAAUACUACAGUCGACUACCUUAGAAUUAAUUCUAGUCUAGCAACCAACCACCGAUAUUAGAGCCUGGCCUCGAGGCAGAGAACGGUCAGAUGUGGUUAUGUAGCCGCACCUGAAGCAAACAGGUACUGGUGUGCGUACUUCUUUUGCCGUCAUGCGGGGGCAUUUCGCAGAUCUAGCUCGUGAAAAACGUUGACGUGAGCAGUUCAUUCAAACUCCAAACAGUGUAAGUGAUUAAAGUUCGGCUACAUGGCAUGUUUUACUGCGAUGGUUCUUGGGGCUAAACCGCAUGUGAAAGUGCUUAAUGUGCGCGGCAAUUACGCUUGCAGUAGGAAGAUAGUAUCACACUACUCCAAGUUUCGGCGGCUGAUUGUUGACAAUCCAACAGGGAAUACGAAUAUGGUCCAAAGGAGAGCCGGAGUAAUUCAAAAAAUUGGAAGAUAGAAGAUGAGCGGUCAGAUGUGGUUAUGGGGCCGAACCGGAGUUUAAAAAAUCUAGCCACCUGUAACACGGGACCGGUGGUAAUAGGGGUUUUUACAGGUGGGAUCGGGGAACACACAGGCGACGGAGUCAAGUAAUUGCAUGCAAGAGAAAAGCUAUUGAGAAUGCACGAUUGUACUUUGAGUGGUUGAGAAAUAGUUGCCCUAACCCCUAACCCUAGCCCCCCUAACCCCAACAAGUAACUAUGACCCAUAACCCUAACCCCAACUUUAUCAGUAUUGUGUCCAUCAGGUGGGGUUACAUAAUCACAUCUUACCCAAAAAAACGCUUUUAAUCCAAUCUUAACUUUCUAAUAUAUUGACGUAUCUCACCGCCUUCAACGGUGUCUGGGCGAUCUGAAUUAGUAGUAAUUCGUAGAGUUGGUGUCGAGUGUCCAGUACGGUUAUGACAAAACUUCUCAACCUAGAGCUCUGGGUUUCCAUUGAGUCUGUUUUGCAACACGUGGUCUUUUUGUUGCUGGCAAAAUUGUGUAAUGUUUUAGGCAGAAAAGACUACUUAAUAAGUUUCUUUUGAAAUACUGAUGAGGUUUGAAGUUUUUUUACCGAGGCGAGGUGACUACAGCUGCGGGCCAGCUCAAUGAGCUCUGCUCAUUAAUCGAGCACGCCUAAUGAGUCGUCAUUCGCCAAACUGGGGUUUGCUAAAUGUGCGACGUUCAGCCAAGGGACUGAGGUAAACCGUCAGUCCAAGAAAAUGAUGUUGUACCUGUCAGUUUUCUAAAUCAGCUGUUUAAGCAGGCCUGUUUUCGGACGCCCCAGUUUCUGCCAUGGAAAUGUUCCUGGGGUUUAACCGAAACCUAACAAUCCUCCCCCCCCCCCAUGAAAUUGACCACUAAACAGUACUUUAUCCCGCGCAGACGGCAACGCCAGGCCCAAUUACAGUGCCGUUGUGCAAUACUGAUCGUGGUGACUGCGGCAGCGGUAUCAGCUGACCCAACCCGCAGUUACGUCAUCCCACAUUAACGUGCACACUUCUUCACUGUAUAUUUUCUACUAAACCCUAAAUCGUCUGGACAUUGAACUCUACUAGUAUAAUGAUAGUUCGCUAUGACCAGACUUUGUACCAGAUUAAUAGAAGUAACUUUCAACUAUGUUGUCAUGUGCGACUACCAUGUAUUACUUUUUCUGCGGCUUUAUGUCGUAUGCUGCCGCCAAGCAGUUAUAGCGAGGAUACUUUCAAAUGUAUCUUUUUCAAGGUAGAUAGUCGGGCGAGGUUUGGUUCUGCGGCCCCAUUUGAUCGUUACCACAUGGUUAGCUUACUAAAAUAAUGGUAGGUAACAUACCCAACAUAACCAUUCGAGCGCAAUCAGAGCACGAAGCAUGCGCAGGAAAGCGAGUGAAGGGGGCUUGUGCACACUCCCCCACACACAGACACUCGCUUGAGAGCGAGAAUAGCAUCCGAUCACAAACAGUGUACGAAACACGCGCAGGCAAGCGAGUGAACAGGACGGGCACAAACUCUCCCCCCUCAGACACACAGCCACUCGCUGGAUGUAGAGGAUAUUGGGAGCGCAAUCACAACUGGAAGGCCACUGAGGGUACCGAGUGGCAAUUCGCAGUGCAUGGCCACUGAGGUGGGAUCGACGGAAUUCCACACCGUUGGAACAAUUCAAUUAGCAAGCUACUUGGCCACUCGCUGGAUUAGGAUGAUAAACCGAGCCCAAACAGGCCUAGAAGCACGCGCAGGGAAGCGCGUUUGAACUGAUAACUGAAGUGGCCGAGGCCAGCGUAUAAGCACUUCGCCCCUGUGGCACAGUCGCCCGUUGGAUUAAAAUGGUGAGGAAGAUGCAGAUACAUGAUAUUUGUAAAGUCAGCGUACUCGCAUCUACCAAAUUUUUUUGAAAUCUAACCAUACGUUAUCACUCGAGUGGGGCUGUAGGACAAAACCUCGCCGAUAGAAGUCAGCUACCAGCCAAAUCACUUUAUCCCAAGGGAAUAAAUAUGGCCAAAAUACAUUCGAAUGUGUCCUUUCCAAGGUCGACAACCGGAUACAGACGCCUGUCCAAAGAAAUCGAACAUAAAACAUGUAUACAUAGGCCUCAGGCAUGACGAUCUCAUUGUCAAAGUCUUCUACAAAUCUUCAAGGGAAUGAAUUUAUCUCUACAAUUGUUCGGUUUUCCAAUUCGGUCUGCUCCCCCAGUUCUCUGUCUUGUGAAUUCUUGUUCUUGUCUUAGUCUGUUGACCUCGCCCUCCGCCUAGGCACCCUGGACGCCCUGGAUGCCAAGAAGGCCUACACUGGCACCCUGCUCAUUCCCAUCUCCAAGGCCACCUACGUCACCUUUGUGGGUUCACCUAAUUGUCACCUGGUCACUCUGCUUAGUACGAAGUUCGCCGAAAACUCUCUGGACACGAGAACGAACGGACGAAUCGGGGUUGUAACCGAGCCCCUUGAGUUUAUCCAGGAUGGUGACACGAUUAAGAGGCGCCGAGUGAGCAGACGGCGGCUACAAGAAGAACAACCCGAAGUCUGGAGGGCUAUUUCUUGCAUUAAAGGAGUCUCCGAGGCGGUUUCAAGACUGUUACAACCCGCCAGGAUAGGCAUUGCCCAUCGACCUCAGGCAAUAAUUCGUCGCCGUUUGAUGCAACCCAAAGACAUACUGCCACCCACUGAAACCUCAGCAGUUGUCUAUCAAAUGAGUUGUAACGAUGGAGACUGCAACUACGCUGGGAAACCGAAGGAAAUUGUAGACCCGCCUACAUCAACAAAAACUGGCAACUCGGAGACUAGACCCAAACUCACAGCUUACGACUCACUUCGGAGACAGUGA